GUUUGACUUGUGCUGGCUCUGCCCCUGAUCUGCCUCUUUGUCAGUCUCAGCCAAUCCUAUGGGGAAGCAUUGUGAUUGGAUCAGGCCACCACUUCCGAUGAUGACAGCAGACUGCUUGUUUUUCUGAGGCAAACAGCAUACAGAUCUACAGCUUCAGGCUUGAAUACAGUAAGAUUUUGCUAUAUUUAUGGGGGCAUGAGGGGCUCGGGGGGGCCAGAUGGUGGUGUUAACACUAUAGGGUCAGAAAUACAUGUUUGUGUUCCUGACCCUAUAGUGAUCCUUUAAAGAUUAAAUAUAUGAUAAUCCAAUAUGUAAACAUAUGUAAAAUGUACAUGAAAAUCCAAUAUCUUGUAAGUGCAACUGUUUAAAAUGAGUUAAAUAUGAAAUAUAGAUUUUCUGUUUGUUUCCUUGCAGUUAAUGUCUAAACCCAUAAUGCUAUCAAUUUAUCACAUUUGUAACUAAUGGUAGAGAUUCAUUAACAGCAAAUCUAUUAGUUAAACAUCUAACACAUGAUUCAAAGUUCAGAUGAGUUCAGAUGAUUUGUACAUGAGAUCAAAAUUCUUCUUUGUGUUUAAGGUGAAAUCUGUUCUUAUCUGAUCGUGUAGCAAUGCCUGUCAUUGAAUUUGUCGCAGGGUGGAUUUCAGGUAAGUUAAUAAGGACUUAUCUCAGUUGACACUGGUACACAGUGGAAGGUGGGGCACCUUUCCCUACGCCCAGUUAUUGUUCCAACAAUACAGUUGGCACUGUAAGGACUACAGAUAGAUAUGUGUUAGAAAAAGAAAAAACAAUGUAUCUGUCAUGAUUAUAUCUCUCGUUUAUUUUCUCCCCCUUAUUGAUGACUGGAGGUGCAGCUGGGUUUGAACAUGGCAUUGUAUGUCAUGAGGUUAAGUGGGUAGAACCCAACAAGUUGGGAUUGGGGCAGUGCUAUCUUUAAACUUGCUUUUGAGCAAAUAAUAAAAUGGUUAUAUGUGCAAUAUACAUGUCUUCCAGGCUUAUUUACUAAAAUGAGAAUUGGCAAGAAUUCAAAGUGAAUUUCAAACUUGGAGGCCAUGCUAAAUUUGAGACUUUUUGCCAGUUCAGCUAUUUUGUCCACUAAAUUGAAAUUCCCCUUAAAUGCCAAAAGUUCUCACUUUAGUAAACAACCCUGUGUGUAUAAAGGGCAAUAUUAUGUUUGUCAUUAAAAUAGUGAAACUGGAAAAACCUUGGUCAUAAGGUAGUUAAACAAACAGAACAGUAAGAAGUUAAACAAGUAGAAGACAAAGGAAAGGAAACACAAACAUUGCUUAAAGUCGCUCUGUGAACCCCCUCCCCACCAAAAAAAAAAGAGAAAUACUCAUAAUGGCUGUGUUGGAAUUUCACUGAAAUUCCAUCCUCGUCAAAACAUAUAAGGCAAAGUAGGAACUACUUGGUCUUAUGUGUGUUUCUACGCUUGACAAGGGGUGGAGUUACCGUUUGUCAAGCCUUGUCAAGCUGUCAGCCAUCACUAGGCCUAGUGGGAUCCUCCAUAGUCAUUAGUGUUGUGCUCUCGUGUUUGUGCCAGAUUACAGAACUGACGUUGGCUCCUAGCAGAGGAAACGCCAGGAGUUGAAGAGGACCUCAAGGAAGAAGAUGGCGGUGCCCACCAAGGACAGGUUCAGGUAAGUUAAAAACUACAGUUUCCUGCACCCCAUGGCCACCAGAAUGCAAGAGGAGCAGUUACCUUCACCAGAUGUUGCUGCUCGGGGGUAUGGAUUUGCUUGAGAGAUGUAAGCGAGAGAUUAGCAUUAGCAUAGGGUAUGCGUUUUCUUAUAGUUACAUCCUGUGAGUUCCCCUCCAGCAACACCUCCAUCAGAUACAUGACGCUUGGGAGGUAUGACUUUUUAAAAUGUUUUCUGUCAAUAAAAUUCUGUAAUAAAGUCCACUGUAAUUGUUAGCACUAGAUCCGAUGGGCUCUUAAUCCGGCCCUAUACACUGAGGCUUAAAUAAAUGCAUUUACCGAACUGUUCAAGAGAGGAAUCCAGACUUGACUCCAAUUCAGUGUUAAACUAUACAAGAAUGUUUUAAAGAAUUGUUCCUUAGUGUUCCUGGAGUGUUCCUUUAACAUAUAACUUAUUAAUAACAAUUAAAAAAAAAAUCACCCAUGAAAUAUAUAUAUAUAUAUAUAUAUAUACAUAUAUAUAUAUAUAUAUAUAUAUAUAUAUAUAUAUAAAACAUAUAUAUCUAUAUUCGUUUGUUAUGAACAUGUAGAACUGUAAUCACCUUAUUUUUUCCAAUUAUAGGUGCCAUUGGUAUUGUUGUUGGACACCCUAUUGAUACAGUUAAGGUAAUAGCAUAGUCUAUUAUGUAAGUCAAUUGAGCAGGGUCCUCUUCAACCUAUCGUUCCUGUAAGUUUUCUUGUAAUUGUCCUAUUAUUGUUAAAUUCCCCCUGUUAUAGUAUUGUAAAGCGCUACGGAAUCUGUUGGCGCUAAAUAAAGGGCAAUAAUAAUAAUAAUAAAGACUAUUAGGACUCUAUGAGUAAGGGCUCAAAGGGGAGGGGGAGAAAGCAACCUGUUAAAAAGAAUUUCCUCUUCUUUUUUUCUACCAGUUAACAAUAUUUUAUAUAUAGUAUAUUGUAGGCAUCUGUAGAUCCAUUAACAAUACUCUCAGCAUAGAGUUUAAAAAGGUCCAUCAACAUCCAUUUUCUGUGUUAUGUUAACACACUAAGGGGUCCAUAUUUUUGGAAGUGAUUUACAAGGCAGGAGCCAAUCUGAUAUAUUGUCUUCUUGCAGGCUAUGCUGUUAGCAAAGCUUUACUACAAAACAAAAGAAUGAAUUCAUGAAAGAUUUCCUCCAUAGUAAUACACACAAAAUAUUUUAUGUAUUGCCUUUAACCAAUUCUAUACAACUUCCAAAAACAGCAUAAAACAAGACAAUUGUGAUGGCUCUCUGGGUGACAGUUACUAGAGGUGUCCUUAGGGACAACUGUAAAUACUGCUUUAUCACAGAAAAAGACAGUGUUUACAAUGGAGAGAUAGAAUAUUACAACAUUGUGGUUCUGGUGCUUAGAGUGUCCCUUCUAAUAAAUAAAAGAUAAAAAAAAAGUGGUGGUCCAGGAUCCGAGCAAUUUCCAGCUUCUUUUCCACCUUCUGUUCAGAGAUGGGAAAUUGGAAAAGUGUCUCCAGGAACCCUGUUAAUAAGGAGGGGCCGUAAGAAUACUUAAAGGGACACCGUAGGCACUGUACCUGCUUCAUUUCAUUAAGCUGAUUAUAGUGUAUGGAGUCCCCUGGUGCCAUCAUUUCUUUCAGCAUUAAACUGUUUUUAAUGUUGUAAUGUUUUAAUGCUAAACAAGAGACCACAGUAGUCCAUCCCAUCUGUGCUGCUUUGGCUAAUAAGGAAGUAUUACCCUGAGCAGCAAUGGGCAGCUGUGAUUGGCUGAGAGUGUCAGCUGACUGCUUUUAACCUGUCAGAGCUCCAACUGACGGUAUGAAUGGGUAUGACAACAAGGAAGUGUGUAAUCUCUGCCUUAGCUACACAUACAGAAGGGGCCGGACUGUGGGUGGCCAGGGACUCUUAUUUUGUGGCAUACUGCACAAACAUGGUGCAACACUGAAUGGAGGGACAGUGCCAGGGCACUCCAGGCACUAUAACCAAUUCAAAGAGACAAAGUGGUUAUAGUGACUACAGUGUCCCUUUAACCUCUGCACUUAUCUUAUGUGCAGUGGAUGAGGGUUCUAAUAUAAUGUACAGUGUCUGCAGGGUGUCAUAGGUUCCAACUCCUCGGACUUUGGCGUGGUGGCAUCAGAGGGGAUAACACAUAUAAUUAAGGGCCUUGGUCCAUAAUUAUGGUGGUCUUCUUGGUCCGAAGCCCGGGUGCUAAAUGCCCAGUCCAUUCAAAUAGGCUUUUCUAGUGGCUUCCAAAUCCCCUUAAAGGACCACUAUAGGCACCCAGACCACUUAAGCUCAAUGAAGUGGUCUGGGUGCCAGGUCCAUCUAGGAUUUACCCUGCUAUGUUUACAAAUGGAUUAAUCCAGCCUCUAGGGCUGUCUCAUUGACAGCCGCUAGAAGGGCUUCUGCACUUCUCACUGUGAUUUUCACAGUGAGAAGACGCCAGCGUCCAUAGGAAAGCACUGAGGAUGCUUUCCUAUGGACUGGCUGAAUGCGCGUGCGGCUCUUUGAGGCGAUGUGCAUUCAGCAGAUGACGGCCAAAGGAGGAGGAGACUACCCAGCGCAGAGGGAGCCCGGCGCUGGAGACAGAUGAGUGUUUAACCCCCUUCCUCUCCAUUCAGACCGGCGGGAGUAGGACCAUUAGAGGUGUCAUUAUAGCUCAAUGUAAAACACUACUUUUGUCAGAUAUUCUGCACAUACAUGUUUACUGUCUUUUUAAAAAAAACAACAAUGUAUUGAUGGUUAUGAGUAAUGUUCACAUUUUGUUACAGGUACGCCUGCAAACACAGUCCCAAUACCGUGGAAUUCUGGACUGCAUAUUGAAAACGUAUGGAAGAGAGACAGUAAGGACAGUUUUAUUUCACUAUUGUGUGAUGUGCUAAUGUUAAUGUUUUUUAUGGGUUCUGGACCUUGCAUGCAAUGUUUGAAAAUUAGGAUUUAGCACUGCAAACUCUCUCUCUCUAUAUAUAUAUAAACAAACAAACAUUACCGGUACUUUACGUUACUUCCAAAUGCCAUGGUGCCUCCAACACUUUGUUUAUGAAAAACAAUAGGACUCUGAUUAUGGUCACUAACGGAAUAAGCACAUUAAAUAUUUGAUGAAUAAAAGAGCUCUUACCUAGCAUAUCAGAUACUAGAUGGGGUCUGAAAUAAAGACAGCAGCUACAAAUAUCAGCUGCUGCCCAGGAGUGUGGUCUCCACUAAUAUUGGUAAGGGUAGGACAUGCAUCUCCAAGUGCUGCCCUUAGAUUAAAGGAUCCCAAGCUUUUGCCCUAAUCCUCACCCAAACCACAGCCCCUACUCUGGUCCUAACUGUAACCUUAGCCUUAACCCUACACUGAAACAUUGGAGUCUUGCUUGACACUGUAUAAUUCAUGUUGAUAUACUGAUGCAAAUCCUAUUGGGACAUAAUAUCCCUGCCCCUAGCCCUAAAUACACAAUAAACUCUGCACAUUUCUAAACAUAUUUCUUAAUCUUAAUUCUAACUAUAAUACAAACUGUACAUGCGAUCCAUAAAAAACUUGUACUGAAACAUCACAUUUAGAAAAUUGUAUACUCCUGCAGUCAACUGUUUCCCACAGUGCACAAACACCAAAAUUCAUAGUCCUUUGAAUGUUACCAAAAACUCAUAGUAAAAAUUAAGAAAAAGAGAUGCCAGAUGACCUAAUGAUGCAUUGUUUUAUCUUGACUAUCUUUGAAUUCUCUUUUCUAGAUAUUUGGUUUUUUUAAAGGUAUGAGUUUCCCUGUUGGAAUGGUGGCGAUCAGCAAUUCUUUAAUGUUUGGAUCAUAUAGCAAUGCACUGCUCUACCUAAGUGGCAAAAAUUUUGAAGAUCGAGCAAAUCCAAAACAUAAUCUCCACAUUUCUAUGGCUGGUUGCUUUGCUGGAGGGGUUCAAGUAAGUAUAUAUAUAUAUAUAUAUAUAUAUAUAGAGCAUCAACCAAAACAGUGGUGGGAAAAAUUUUGAUUGAAAACCCCUUCCACUUGAAGUCUGUGGAUAGUUAAUAUGAACCCUUUGCGCUAGUAACAUCACUGCAAAUUUGUGAUUUCUGUGUGAAAAGCAAGUCUUAUGGCUUGACUGGUGUGCAGAUUUUUGUUUAACAUUGUAUUAAACACAUAUAUGUGUGUGUGUAUAUAUAUAAAAUAGUCCAAUAUUCUGGCCCUCACCCAAAGUUAAAUAAUUCCAAAAUAACCCAGGUGCUUCCCAGCGUAGAUAUAGAGCAAUGAAUAAACGGAGCACGCCACAGGAUUUUCUCAAAGUGUGGAUUGAGAGAAUCAACGUUUUGAUCCUCCUGGGUCUUUAUCAACCUUGAUAAAGACCCAGGAAGGAUGAAACGUUGAUUUUCUCAAUACGCACUUUGAAAAAAUCCUGUGGAGUGCUCCGUUCAAUCAUUGCUCUCUCUCUCUCUAUAUAUAUUUAUUUAUUUAUUUAUUCACCCCUCCUGCGUGUUAUAUAAUAUUUUUGUAUAUCCCUCAUUCACGGGUCCACUACCAAAGGCCUGGGACUCUGAGGGUUCUGAGCAGUAUCUAGAACUGCACUCUUCUGGACAGCAAUCUCAGAUGUCACUCCUGGAAUCUGUUAAAGGACCACUAUAGUGCCAGGAAAAGAUACUCGUUUUCCUGGCACUAUAGUGCCCUGAGGGUGCCCCCACCCUCAGGGUCCCCCUCCCGCCCGGCUCUGGAAGGGGGAAAGGGGUUUAAACUUACCUUUUUCCAGCGCUGGGCGGGGAGCUCUCCUCCUUCUCUCCUCCUCUGUUCCGCCCCGUUGGCUGAAUGCGCACGCGCGGCAAGAGCUGCGCGCGCAUUCAGCCGGUCGCAUAGGAAAGCAUUUACAAUGCUUUCCUAUGGACGCUGGCGUGCUCUCACUGUGAAAAUCACAGUGAGAAGCACGCAAGCGCCUCUAGUGGCUGUCAAUGAGACAGCCGCUAGAGGAUUUGGGGGAAGGCUUAACCCAUAAAUAAACAUAGCAGUUUCUCUGAAACUGCUAUGUUUAUUAAAAAAUGGGUUAACCCUAGAAGGACCUGGCACCCAGACCACUUCAUUAAGCUGAAGUGGUCUGGGUGCCUAGAGUGGUCCUUUAAAGCCACUCCUAAACUUGGAGGUCACAGCCCGAGUGCUACUAUCAUAGCUGCGACACAAUCGCCUUCACUUUCCACAUCCUUUCUAGCUACCCAUUCAGUGUUUAGUAUUUGUCCACCUUCUUCCUGAUGUUAUAGUCACUGGGUCUUGCUAUUUCCACCACCUCUGCAGUGUUCUGUUUCUUGUCUACCACCACAAUAUCAGGUUGGUUAGCCACUACUUGCUUGUCUGUCUGGAUCUGAAAGUCCCAAAGAAACAUAGCCCUGUCAUUUUCAACUACCUUUUGUUGUGUCUCCAAUCUAGAAUUAGGUAGGUCCACCAACAUAUUCUGUGCAGGUACUUCAAUACACAAUCCCAGCAAUUUGGUGUGUCUCUCGGUAUAUGCUGUCCUUGCUAACACAUUGCUACUCUAUGCUGUAUUGUCUUAGAGGCAUAUUUGCACAGUCUGCACCUUGGGUCCUGUCUGGUGUGGUAGACCCCUACUUCUAUUGAUCUGAUGCAGAGUGUCUGUUCCUGUGCUGCUAUAUAAAGCAAGCAUUACAAAUGUUAAAAAUACCACGCCACACACUAAUAAUCACUAUCUAUAACAGUUGUUCUCAGUUCUCAAUGCACACCCGAGGUCCAGGUUUUUUCUGUAUCUUUAUUAUUAUUUACAUAGUGUCGACAAAUUACGCAGCUCUUUACAAUUAUAGAAUGUGGAUAUUUGACCACAUGUGAUUGACAAACAGAAUAUAACAGAGACAACACAUGAAAUAGGAACAUAACGGACAAAUAUUUAAAGCCUUGAGCACUGGGUUUGGGAACCACUAGUGCAGGUAACGUGAGAAAAUCAGUCAAAUCUAAAUAGGUAAAGACUGGCAUGUACUCACAGUCUUACAUUGUUUGGUGGUAGGAUUAAGCACACAUUAAAGAGAUUUUUCUGUUAAUAAGCUUAUAAUGUAAAGGAAGUGGGAUACAUGUGAGACAAAAGAGUAUAUUCAGUAAAUCUGUAAUUGUGGAGAUUUGAUAAAGAAACUGCAACAAAUUUUAGACCAAAGAUGCCAAACUGAAAAGACCUCCAACUUUAUUAUUUUUAAAACUCACCCCUUAUAGCCUAAAAGAUGGAAUUCCACUGUAAAGGCUUCACAUAACUCCAAUUAGCAAAUAACCCCAGUGAUAUAGAGUAAUCUAUGGUAUAACUGCAAAAUUUGGGGUAAAAAACUCCCUGCGUCCUGUAUGGUGAAUAUAUGUAUGUCUGGCAGUAUUUAAAGCAACAUAGUAACACAUCCCAGUAACUACCAGAGGGAUAGGUGGAGUAAAGGAGGUUAAAAGGUGAUGCUAGGUUUGGGUGAAGUGUGAAGGUGUAACAAAAUAUUAUGUAACGAAGCAAAAAAUGAUAUAGAAAUAAGAUAUAGUAAAAUAAGAAAGAGUGCACAAUCUACAGCUAAGAAAAUCUUGCAAAUGCGGUUCCUAUUUCCGUACAGUGUACAUAUUCUGAAGGAAAAUGCAGCCUGUAAUACUAGCUGUUAGCUAAAUGCUUAUUUAUUCCAUUGCAUUUGCAACACUUUAGGUCAUAUUUACUGCUCCAGUUGACCUCAUCAAAGUUAGACUACAGAAUCAGACCGAAUCAUUUAAGAGCCAUGGGAAAACAUUCCAUGUGAAGUCUUUAUACAAAGGUCCUUUUCAUUGCGCUGCCUGCAUCUUCAGGAAAGAAGGCGUUGCUGGACUUUACAGGGGUUCUAUAGCUUUGGCUUUACGGGAUGUGCCAACCACUGGACUAUAUUUCCUUGCUUAUGAGGUUCUCUGUAAGUGGAUGACCAACGAUGGAGAGGUACCAGGUGGGUGGCAUAUUAUCGCAAAUAAAAUAUUUGCAUGUGCUGCACAUUGCAUUAAGGUGUGCAUGUAGUGCAUGCAUCUAAACCUCUAGCCCCCCCAGAUGUUGUUGAACUACAAUGUCCAUGAUUCUCUUGCCAUUUAUGGCUUUCAGAGAAUUUUGAGUUGUAGUCCAUGAACAACUUGGGGAGAGAGGUGGGUAGCACAGUUUCACAUUGCUGCCCAAGAGAAUAUUACCAAGUAAAGUUUACUUAAAAAUACUUAAUUCUAAAAUAAGGUUGAAAAUAUAACUAUCUAACCCAAAUUCUUGCAAAACUUCCCAUUGGAUCCUAGGCAAUUUAUCUGAGCAUGGUAGGGUAUGCCUAGGCCCACCUGAGACACCUUCUUUCUAUGUGCAUGGCACAAUCAUUCCAAAAUCACUAUGAAUUGCAAUUGCUUUUUAAAUUUCAUGCAUUUUCACAUAAGUGCCUGCAAUUUACAGUUACUACCUGUUGAUUUUUUGCUCAAAAUUUGAUUUUUGCUACAAGAUGUAAAUGGGACUGUAUGGUAUUCCUUACUCUAAACUGAGUCAUAUUGCUAUUAAAGGGUCACUUAAAACAUUUUACUAUUAUGAAAAUACAUAGAAGGCACUCUUAAAAUAUAUUAUUUAUGAAGCAUUGUGUACAAUAGUGCUACAAAUGUGAAAAAAAAAUAUGGUUUGUCCUUUAUUUUUUCCCUCUGUUACUUUGUCCUAGUUUCUUUGGGCCUUGCAUAUGUUCUGCAGGAUAAACAUCACCUGAGCAAAAAAAAAUAUUAAAUUUUAAUAAAGUAAUAUAGAGAUAAUGCAUUAUGUAAAUGCCAUGGUAAAAAUGUUUUCCACUCUUGAGUAGUCCUUUAAAAGUUUAUCAAUGCACCUAAUUUUAUGGGUUAAUUUAUGCAAAAAUGACCAACUAAACAAUCAAACGAACAGACUGGUGCAGCUACAACCUCAUGGAAUAUCGUUGCCAGUUAUUAAAUGCAUAUCAUGUGGAUAAAAUUUAACAUACGCAUCCUUGGUGCUGGGCUUUGUAAAACUCCAAUAGAAAAUCUUAUCCCUAAAUGAUCCCAAAUGUCCGCACACUCUGACCUGAGUAGUACAUUCCACUGCACACCAAUAUUCUUAGAAAAAAAAAAAGGGAAAAAAUACAAAACAUGAAAUACAAGCAAACAAUUGCCUAGAACAGUCCUCAUAACAGUCCUAGCCUGUCAUAAUAUGCAGUAAAUUCCACUGGGGAAAAAAUAUAUGUCAAAAAUAUAAUAGAAACUAGGAAAAAAUUAUAAAAGAACAGCACCUGUGAGAAGGGGGAAGAACCAUAUAAAAGUCACCAAUGAAGGACCGAAAUGCCCUGAACAUGUUUCACACCUGGCACAGCGCUUUCUCAAUACAAGACGAGUCUCAUGUUGAGAAAGCGCCAUGCCAGACUUGAAAAGCGUUCAGGGCAUUUCGGUCCUUCCUUGGGUCACUUCUAUGUGGUUCUUCCCCCCUUCUUACAUGUUCCGUUCUUUUAUCAUUUUUUCCUAGCUUCUGGUAUACUUUUGACCUGUUUCCCCCAGUGGGAUUUACUGCAUAUUAUGACAGGCUAGGAUCACAGAACAUAUUGUUAUCAACCUUCACAUACUGUAUGAUAUUGGACUGGCGCAUAUGAGGACUGUUCUAGGCAAUUUUUUGCUUGUAUUUUUCCUUUUUUUUGCACAUAAAUGUACCUUUUCUAAGAAGAUUGGUUUGCAGCGGAAUGUACUACUUGUCACGAAGUACAAAACUAACAUGCUAACAUGCAGAAUUUAGGAUAGCAAGGAAAGGACUAAGGAAAAUAAACGUAUUACCGGGCCUUAGAGUGGCCAGACUUAACGUUAGACAGAGUAAAGCAUAGUCAAAAUACAAGCCGAAGUCUGGGUAACUGAGAGACAGCAAAAACGAGAACUGGCUCAAGUCGGGUGCACGGUAAUAGUCAGAUAGGCAAACAAGACAGGCAAGGGUUAAAGAGAAAUGCAGAGUCAGGAAACAAAGCCUAGGUCAAUGCCAGAAUACAAUACAAUAACUCAAGGAAUGCACUAAAGGGUACUGGGAACAGAAACCACAAUAGGGCACAGUAUCUAGGACCAGGUAAAUUUAAAUAAUCCUAGGUUUCAUCAUCAUGCCUGCACUCCAAAACGUGUGUGAAUGGGGGUGCUGGAAUGACAUGAGCCAAUGGGAGCCGACUGCAAGGUUAGGGUCCCAUUUCCCCUUUAUGAGCGUGCUCUUGAUGCGAGAUGCAUUCUUAAUACUGUAUGGGUCGUGUGCCAGAUCAGAAUGUUCGGUGCGUGUGGCCCACCAGGAGCCAGGAGUUUUUGAGCCGCACGUGGCUCGUCUGGAGGCAGGAGUGCUCCAGCUUUUAGGAGUUAUAUAAGGGUUGUGGUAAUUAGCUUAGCUAAUAUAGCUUGGCUGCUACUUCUAAGUGAUGCUUCAAAGUGUGUGCUUUUAUUUUAUUUUCCGGAAACUGCAUGAUGCAUUAUUGUGUAUUAAUACAUGAUAUUUUAGAGUAUCUAAAUUUAUUAAUAUUUCUCCCCCACCCCUCCCUUUUUUCUUUCUUUCAUAUUCAGGUACAUGGGCAAUGCUGUUUGCUGGUGGCUGUGCAGGGACUGUAGGGUGGGCUGCUGCAAACCCAAUGGAUGUAAUAAAAUCUCGCAUGCAGAUGGAUGGGAUCAAUGGCAGUAAAUACCGAGGGAUUCUGGACUGUUUUGUAAAAAGUGUUCAAGAGGAAGGAGCAAAAGUCCUCUUGAAAGGUCUUGCUAUUAACAGCCUCAGAGCCUUUCCUGUUAAUGCAGUAACAUUCUUAAGCUAUGAGUUACUUCUUCAGACAUUGAGGUGAACCUUGAUUCAGUGGUGAACACCUCCAAAAACGACUGCAUUAGUUUAAAUAAUGGUCUAUAUACCUCUGUGUGAACCUCUUUAGGAGCUGUGGGAACAACCAACCUACAAAUACACUGUGAAUUUCAGUUUGCACACCUACCUUCUGCAUUACUCUUG